CGUCACCUGUACGUUCUGAUGUCACAUGACAACCUCACUACGGAACCAAACGUAACCUGCAUAUAAACGCAGUUGAACCCUCCACUGUCGCCAAGAUGACUUGUGGACAGCGAAUGAGAAGCGAAUUUCGACUGAAGUCGUUUGGGCUGACGCAUAACGACCGUCAGGUGUUUAGCAGAACGCCGUGGCUGGACAAGAACAACCUGCUGCCAUUCGUGCUGUACCGAGCUGCGGUAUGUUUGUACCAGGUGAUCACUUUCUCUAUCAUACACGGAGCCCUGGGCGACUUUCCCCUCAAAGGUCUGGUAUACCUGACUGAAUGGGGCUACAUCUUACUCACACUGCACACCAUACUGAGCGUGUCACUCUGCUUUGCUGACUACUACAAGUCUCGUUUCCAGCGCGGAGCAACAUCGAACGACAACAUGGCGUCUGAUAUCGCCAUGGCGACGGGAUCUACCAUUACACUCACUACUACAGGUUACGGAACAGCCCAAACGAGUGUCGGUCAGGACUCUGGCCAAACCCUGCCUCUACCAUGGUACUACAAACUGUACUGGGUCUUGUACAAUGUCAGCUUCGCCGGUGGGAUUUGCAUCACGAUUUUGUUCUGGGUACUGUUGAGAGGGGACUAUAGCGCUCUUAGCAUUAUUACGCACGCCAUAAAUUCUGUUACCAUAGUGAUAGACGUAAUGGUCAGCGGUCUGCCGUGCCGACUGCUACAUUUUGUUUAUCCUUUGACCUUUGGACUUGUUUACAUUCUCUUUACUGUGAUCUACUGGGCCGCAGGUGGGAGGGGGCUGUACGACUAUCCUUUUAUCUACCCCUAUCUUGACUAUGGGGGUAGGCCUGUUUUAGCCGCUAUAGUAGCUGUACUGGGGGUUCUGGUUGCAGUCCCCCUGUGUCACUGUGUCGUCUUCGCUCUCGUGGUUGCUCGCGAGAGUUUAGUGCGCUUAUUGAAGAGACGUCGACAGUCCCCUAACAGUCAGAAUGAUAACGUCACUGCUCUGUAGACAUGGUACCUUUAGAUUCUGAAGUCAUCCUAGAUUUGUACGUAGUGACAGAUGUAUUGAUUGAAUUGCAAUGUAACACUCUUUAAUUUUCGUUAAUUCGUUUUGUCCUUAACGUAUUAUUUCAUUGCUGCCGUUGUAUCUGCCUUUUUGUAUUUAUAUUAAUCUUUAAAAAAAAACAGUCAUUUACCGUUAAGUUCUUCGUAACAUAAAAGUUUACACUGAAGUUGUUACAUGUCUUUAUUUCUUUCUUUGCAAAAUGUAAGAAGACAUUAUCCUGACCCUUAGGGGCAUUGUUACAAUUCGAUACCAAUCCGUUACUUUAAUUUCGGUGCAUGUGCUUCGAAUACUACAGAAAUGAAAAAUAUACAAUAAAGAAUUACAAGAACCUACAAAGAUACUAGUUUAACAUAUAGUUCAUUUUCAUGAGGAACUCCUCUCCUUCAACUAGCUUUCUUUAAGCAUGUGUAAAAGUAAAUAAACCAAUUUCAUUGAUUUUUC